AUGCUGCGGUCAGUUGAAGAUGCGAAGGAUGAAGAGAGACGAGACACAGCAGAGCAGAUGAAGAGAGAUGGCAACGUGGCUUUCAAAGCUCAUGAAGCGAAGAAAGCUCUCGGGUUCUAUGCAAGAGGGAUUGCGAUGUUGGAAUCGAAGGCGAAGAAGGCGAGUGAGACUAGUUCUCCAGCUCAGAAAUCGAAAUUCGAGUGCGGUUCCAAGAUAACAAUGGCGGUUCAGGACGGCGGGUUACAGAUGGAAGGGAUCGUGAGCUGUGUGAAUGGUGAUGGCACCUAUGACAUAAUGCUAGACUGCGGGGACGAUCAUGACAACGUCCCUGAGAGCAAGUUGAGGCUGAUCGAAACCCAAGGAGACAACGCUAGCACGCAGGAGCUGCUGGCAGCCCUCUACCUGAAUGCUGCUCGCUGCAUGUACCAGUUGGAGCAGUACGCACAGGGGGCAAAACUUGCCACAAAGUCGAUCAGCUGCAAUCCGACCAACGGUGCGGCAUUCUUUGUCCGUGGCCGUUGCCGUCUUGGGAUUCCUACGCUAGAUGAUGCGCGAGCAGAUCUGCGGCAAGCGGUGGCAUCCGACAGUGGAAACGCCGAGUUCAGAAACACUCUUGCUGAGUGUCAACGCAGGAUCAAGGACAGGAACGAAUCCAACAGAGAGACCGCGCGCAUGUUUCUCAACUACUGCAGGGAAGAGGGGAUAUCCGCUCCUACUCUGUGA